AAAUCAUUCUAGCGUAUGACUUGUUUACCUACAGUGCAUAUUGUGCAAAAUGUCUUCGUCAAGGAGUUUAAAUCUGUUUCAUCAGUUUGGUAAAAAGAUUAUUGGAAUUGGAAUGAAUUAUAGGAAUGUUGCAAAGGAACUGGGAGCGCCGAUUCCGAAUAAACCACUGAUCUUUCUUAAGCCCACAACAACAUAUAUCACAGAGGGACAAGAUAUACGGUUUCCCCCAAACUGCAAAGAAAUGUUGUAUGAAAUAGAAUUCGGCGUGGUGAUUGGUAAGAGAGGAUUUAACAUCUCCCGUUCAGAGGCUGAUUCCUAUAUAGGUGGAUACUGUGUCACACUAGAUAUGACAUCCAAAGACCAUUGGUUGGAAGCAAAUCAAAACGGACAUCCAUGGGCAUUGUCGAAAGCUUUUGAUACAUCAACUCCUAUUGGACGAUUUAUAGAAAAAUCCCAAAUUUCUGAUCCAACAAAUGUUCAGCUUUGGUUGAAUCUUAACGGAAAACAACGUCAGUACGAGAAUACCGGAGAUAUGAUUUUCCCUGUUGACUAUCUGAUAGAAUAUGUUACUCAGUAUAUGUCUGUUGAGGAAGGAGAUCUCAUCAUUACUGGAACCCCUCCAGGGUUUGAUACAGUCCAUAAGGGCGAUGUUAUCGAAGCAGGAUUUAAAAACAUAGAUAGUAUUAAAUUUAAUGUGUCUAAAAAUUAAAUGUUGUGUGUUUUGCUAUAGAUGAUUCAACUAUUGAAAUUUUACUUAUUAAAAACUUUGUCAACUUGU